AUGCCUGUGUUUCAAUUUCACACCCUUUUAUUACAAACUAUGGAACGUGAUUUUCUCCUCAACCCAAUUUUCUCACGUGUCUUCACUAGCUUUCUGCACCUCGUUUUGUUACUGAUCAUAUUUAUAUCAUGGGUUUGCAAGAAAAUCAGGAGUAAUGACGAUGAAAGCCUGAAGCAGAGUGUUAGGCACAAUAGGCUCUUACACUACAAACCAACACUGAUUUCAUGCUUGGUUUUUUCAUUGUUUAAUCUUGUUUUAUGCCUAUUGAACCAUUUUUAUUGGUAUAGAAGCGGCUCGUCUGAUGAAAAGAUUCUCACUUCACUGGAUUUGGGAACAAAAACAUUAGCCUGGUUAGCCCUCUAUGCUUACUUGCAAAGCCAGUUCAAGAAAUCUGGUGAACCUAAGUACCCACUGAGUUUAAGGCUCUGGUGGGUGCUUUUCUUCCCUGUUUCUUGUUAUUGCUUGGUGAUAGACCUUAUAUAUUACCAAAAGCACCAAACUUUAUCUACUUUGUUUUGGGUAUCUGAUAUAACUUCUAUUGUCAUGGGUUUAUUCCUCUGUUAUGUGGGGUUUUGGGGCCAGAAAGAGGACAGAGAUAGCCUUCUUCAAGAAACCCUUUUGAAUGGUAGUGCUACUAAUGGUAGAGAGUCGAAUAAAGCAAUCAAGGGGGAUGAGACUGUAACUCCUUAUGCCAAUGCUAGUAUUUUUAGUAUCAUCACUUUCUCCUGGGUAGGUCCUUUGGUUUCUCUUGGCUUCAAGAAAACGUUAGACCUCGAGGAUGUACCUCAGUUGGCCAUUUUCGAUAGUGUUAAAGGGGCAUUUCCAAUUCUAAACAAUAUAUUGGAGUCUGAUAGUGGGGGAAGUAAUGGGGUCACCACACUUAUGCUAGCAAAAGGAUUAAUUUUCACAACCUGGAGGGAAAUUUCUUUAUCUGCUGUCUAUGUACUUGUAUAUACGUUGGCGUCUUAUGUAGGUCCAUACCUAAUUGAUGACUUUGUUCAAUACUUAAAUGGACAGCAAGAUUUUGAAAAUGAGGGCUAUGUCUUGGUUUCUGUUUUCAUCAUUGCAAAGAUGUUUGAGUGCUUGUCAAUGAGACACUGGUUCUUCAAGGUGCAGCAGGCUGGAUUUAGGGCCAGGGCAGCAUUAGUUGCCAAAAUCUACAACAAGGGUUUAACCCUUUCGUGCCAAUCAAAGCAAGGACAUACCUCUGGGGAGAUUAUUAAUUUUAUGUCGGUCGAUGCAGAGAGAAUUGGAGAAUUUGGUUGGUAUAUGCAUGAUCCAUGGAUGGUGAUUAUACAGGUUGGCUUGGCAUUGGCAAUUUUAUAUAGAAAUCUUGGGCUUGCUUCUCUCGCUACACUUGUUGCUACUAUUCUGGUGAUGCUAGCAAAUGUUCCCUUGGGAAAUUUACAAAAAAAAUUUCAGGACAAACUAAUGAAAUCAAAAGAUAAAAGAAUGAAGUCGACGUCUGAAGUCUUGAGGAACAUGAGGAUUCUCAAGCUUCAAGCUUGGGAGAUGAAGUUUCUGUCUAAAAUUCUCGAGCUUAGGAAUGCUGAGGCAGGAUGGCUGAAAAAAUAUGUGUAUACUAGGGCCCUUACCUCAUUUCUCUUUUGGGUUGCCCCUACAUUCGUGUCUGUUGUAACUUUUGGUGCUUGUAUGAUAAUGGGGAUCCCACUUGAAUCUGGGAAGAUACUGUCCGCACUUGCAACCUUUAGAAUUCUUCAAGAGCCAAUUUACAGUCUUCCUGAGACAAUUUCUAUGAUUGUUCAGACUAAGGUUUCUCUUGAUCGAAUUGCAUCAUUUCUUUCCCUCGAAGAGCUGCAGACAGAUGUCAUAGAGAGGCUUCCCAUGGGUAGUUCUGACAUAGCAGUAGAGAUAGUUGAUGGGAAUUUUAGCUGGGAUUUAUCGUCUCCUUGUCCAACAUUGAAAGAUAUUAACCUCAGAGUUUCUCAUGGCAUGAAGAUUGCCAUCUGUGGUACAGUUGGUUCGGGCAAGUCAAGCUUACUUUCCUGUAUUUUGGGGGAGGUGCCCAAAAUUUCAGGAACCAUUAGGCUCAGUGGAAGAAAAUCCUAUGUAGCUCAGUCACCAUGGAUACAAAGUGGAAAGAUUGAAGAUAACAUACUGUUUGGUAAGGACAUGAACAGACAACACUACGAGAGAGUUCUUGAAUCAUGUUCACUAAAGAAAGACCUGGAUAUUCUCUCUUUUGGUGAUCAAACAAUUAUUGGUGAAAGGGGGAUCAACUUGAGUGGUGGACAGAAGCAGAGGGUACAGAUUGCACGUGCUCUGUACCAAGAUGCUGAUAUAUAUUUGUUUGAUGAUCCAUUCAGUGCUGUGGAUGCACAUACAGGAACCCAUCUGUUCAAUGAAUGUAUAUUGGGGCUUCUGAACUCUAAAACUGUUAUUUACGUCACGCAUCAAGUUGAAUUUUUACCAGUAGCUGAUCUGAUUUUGGUUAUGAAAGAUGGGAGGAUUACACAAGCUGGAAAGUACAAUGAUAUUCUAAAAUCUGGUCGUGAUUUCAUGGAACUAGUUGGUGCACAUAAGGAAGCUUUAUCAGCACUCAAUUCCAUUGAGGUUGGUGAGGAUAGCAGAACAAGAAAUGGUAAGAAUUCUCUGCAAAAAAAUGAAUCUCUUAAUGAUCAAAAUGAUAAAACAGAUGCUGCGAAGGGGACAAAUAGACAGCUUAUUCAAGAAGAAGAAAGAGAGAAAGGUCAAGUUGGUCUAUCGGUUUAUUGGAAAUAUAUCACAACUGCAUAUGGUGGACUCCUUGUGCCCUUCAUAUUGUCGGCGCAAAUUUUGUUUCAAUUACUUCAAAUCGGAAGCAAUUAUUGGAUGGCUUGGGCAACUCCGGUGUCCGAGGAUGCAGUACCUCCCGUUGGGGGUCCUACUCUUAUCAUUGUCUAUGUUGCUUUGUCAAUUGGAAGUUCAUUUUGCAUUUUUGCCAGAGCCUCGCUACUUGUUAUGGCUGGUUACAAGACAGCUAAAAUACUUUUCAACAAAAUGCACAUGUGCAUAUUUCGUGCCCCCAUGUCUUUCUUCGAUUCUACUCCAAGUGGACGCAUUUUAAACAGAGCAUCAACAGACCAAAUUGCAGUGGAUUUGAACCUUCCACCUUUAGUUGGAGGUUUUGCUUCUACAUUAAUACAGCUUCUAGGAAUUAUCGUGGUUAUGUCGCAAGUUGCAUGGCAGGUCUUCAUCGUUUUCAUUCCUGUGAUUGCAAUUUGCGUAUGGUUAGAGAAUUAUUACAUAAAAUCAGCACGAGAACUUGCUCGAUUAGUUGGGGUGUGCAAAGCACCUGUAAUACAGCACUUUUCUGAAACGCUCUCUGGAUCAAGUACGAUUAGAAGUUUUGACCAGGAAUCCAGAUUCCGUGACACGAGCAUGAAACUCAUUGAUGCAUAUUCUCGGCCAAAGUUCCAUACUGCAGGUGCAAUGGAGUGGUUAUGUAUUCGCUUGGACAUGUUGUCACUAGUUACUUUUGCCUUCUCAUUGAUUUUCUUGAUCUUGAUCCCGGAAGGAACCAUUGAUCCAAGUGCUGCAGGCUUAGCAGUGACGUAUGGGCUUAAUCUAAACAUGUUACAAGCAUGGGUAGUAUGGAGUCUUUGCAGGAUGGAAAAUAUGAUUAUAUCGGUUGAAAGAAUACUUCAGUACACUUCUAUACCGAGUGAGCCUCCUCUUGUUGUAGAAUCAAUCAGGCCAGAGAGUCAAUGGCCAUCAAAUGGAGAAAUUAGUAUUCAAAACCUUGAGGUCCGGUAUGCUCCACACAUGCCUCUUGUGUUACAAGGCAUCACAUGUACUUUCUUUGGAGGGAAGUGGACUGGAAUAGUCGGGAGGACAGGCAGUGGUAAAUCAACUCUUAUACAGACCCUCUUCCGCAUUGUUGAACCUGCCGAUGGACAAAUAUUGAUUGAUACUACCAAUAUCUCAUCAAUUGGACUUCAUGAUUUGCGAUCUAGAUUGAGCAUAAUUCCACAGGAUCCGACCAUGUUUGAGGGGACAGUACGAAGUAAUCUGGACCCCCUUGAAGAGUAUACAGAUGAACAGAUUUGGGAGGCUCUUGAUAAGUGCCAGCUUGGAGAUGAAGUUCGCAAGAAGGAAGGCAAGCUCGAUUCUUCAGUGUUUGAGAAUGGAGAGAAUUGGAGUGUUGGUCAAAGGCAACUAGUUUGUCUUGGGCGCGUCCUACUAAAGAAAAGCAAGAUUCUUGUGCUUGACGAGGCCACUGCUUCAGUCGACACAGCAACAGAUAAUCUGAUUCAACAAACUCUCAAGCAACACUUUUACGACUCAACGGUUAUAACAAUUGCACAUAGGAUAACAUCUGUGCUCGACAGUGACAUGAUUCUAUUAUUAGACCACGGACUUGUUAAAGAAUUCGAUUCUCCAAAAACGCUGCUGGAGGACAAAUCAUCUUCAUUUGCAAAGCUUGUAGCAGAGUACAGCAUGAGAUCUAGUUCUGGUUAUGAAAAUCUUGCAGAAAUUAGAAUACAAGAUAUCUCUAACCUUUGA